AUGUGGUCAAAACUUGUUGGCCAACUUAAGAAUGCAAAUCCAAUAUUUGGCGCAUCGGCUCCUUCUCCCGCAACAUCAUCUUUAAAGCAAGAAAAGUCGCAUGGAAGAAGAUCCAGUAUUGGUUCGCCUAAAGACCCACGUGCAACUGUAGCCAGACGAAAGAGUAGUUUGUUAUAUGGAGUGGUAUCAGAGGUUGAGGUUUUGACACAAGAAAAGCAUGAGAAACUACCGCGAAAAAUAAUCCCUCCUGAGCAGCAAACAGAAUUGCAUUCACUCUUUCAACUAUGGCAGAAUUCUUUUAAUGAACAGGAACGGGUUAUUCUUUUGACUGCAACUUCGCGUAAAUUUUUUGAGACUUUCUUCGAAUGUCCGAAAAUGAUUGAAGAGAGUCUGGAUAAUAAUUUGGAGAUUUUCACGGAUGCUAUCACACGACAUUUGAUUAGCAAUAUAGGAGGAGUCGAAGUGUCAGCUUCGGAUAUAUUACAGAAAUUAGCCGAUGAAAGUCAGUUGUUUUUCAUAAUUAAGACGAUUAACUUAUUAUGCGACGGACCCGAAGUUGUAUACGAGGUUAUGUCGGCACACGCACUUCCCGCUAUCUUGAUUAAGACAUUUCAGCGUUUUGUUGAGAUCCCUACGUCGAAUGUGGGACGAGAUGGAAAGGAUGCAUCAGAGAGAAUGGCCCCGUCAGAUGUUGUAUCAGAUAUUCUGACGGAUAUCCUUGUUAAUUUUGUGACUUAUAGAUCAACGCUCAACCAGUUGUUAGAACAGGACCUGUUAUACAUAUUGGUCGAAAUGGUGAUAACAGAUAAACUGGUUUUGAAUGGAGGUUACAAUCUCUGGAUCGAAAGAGCACUAGAAGUACUUGUUGAACUGUUUGCAUGUGCUACACAAGAAGUCGUAUCAUACUUUCUCAAUAAAGAUAUUAUGAAAACCCUCAUGAAAAUACUAAAUGAUAGUAUAAAAAUAGAGGAAAAUAGAUUUAUCGACAGUGGGAGAUUGAUAUAUGCCGGAUCUUUAAUUAUAGAAUUAAUACUAGGUACAAUUCACGUGUCACCUAUAUUCUUGGAGAGUUUUGUGAAUAUGAAUGGCUAUGAGACAUUCUACCACCUUCUUUUAUUGCCCCCCUUUGAUGAAAAGAGUUCAAUGACAAAGGAUACUUUAAUAACUAUGGUUGAGGAUCUGAUAUUUGCUGGAGUGGAGGAAUUUAAACCUGUUGCUUCUAAUGGAACACCAUAUCAACAUAGUGAUUUUCAAUUACCGGCUGGAAAUGAGAACGAUGACGAAACACUUUUUCGCAAUGAAAGGGCACUUCAAGUUCUGAUCUCUGUUCUUUUAUAUCCGGAGCCAACAUUUUCUCCGGAUUCAAAAAUUUCAAGCUCUAUUCAACUUCCUGAUAUUUUUCGUCAAAAAAUUGUUGUUUCUAUUGCGGGGAUUUUCAAGUCUAAUAACCUGAACUAUUUCUUGAUGGAAUCCUUGAAUAUUUUGCCAACUUUAAUAGAGAAUUUGGAUAAAUUUAGUCCGAAAAGAUCGAUACUGGAUUUGUUGGUAUUUGUUAUGGUUGAUUUGAAUUAUGUUCCAUUCAGGGAGUUGGUUGUGUUGUCACUUCAUUUUCAAGGACAAUCCUUGAAACAUACAACCGCGAUAGCUUGUGAAACCGUUACUUCGCUUUUACAGUCAUCGCCGAAAUUCAAAGAAGUCUUUAGGGAAAUCGGAUUGCUCAAUAUGUUGUGUAGCUUACUUCAGGAUCUAGCAACUACUUUGCAGGAUAAAUUUGGGAAUACACCUUUUGUCAAAAGAAUAUCAAUUUCAAAUUUAAGCGAUAUCAUGAACAGUCAACAGAACGAAAUCUCAAAAGCGAAAAGUCGGUUUGGUCACGAAGUCAUUGACAAUUUUCAUUUGAUAUCCGAAUGCUUGGUUGAAUUAUUGAAGGGAAAUAAGGCAAAUCUUUCGUUAUUUGGAGCUACCUAUAAGGGCAAUUUGUUCGACCUGCUUCAUUAUGACGAGACUCGUGAUGGUGCUUUAACUAUCUUUGAAACGUUGGUGGUCGAAGGACAUGUGCUUUCUAACAGAGCGGAGUUACAGGCUCCUCUUGAACAUUCAUUUCAAUUUGGGAGGUUAAUCGAGAUAGUCCAAUCUCUUUCUAGAUUUGAUCUUAAAAUGAAGAAGCAUAUACUAUGGUCUAUGAAACGUAUAUUAGUCUCUUGUCCCGAUAUGAAAGAUGUAUUUCGUGAGACGGGUGGUUUUGUGUGCCUUGUUAGUUUGUUGGUUGGGUUGGAAGAUGUUUUUAAAUUAUUGGCGAGAAGUAAAGAUGAAAGUGAUCAUUCAGACAAUCAAGGGAAUGUUGAACUUCUAGACGUUCCUCGAACUGAAGAGUUGCCUGAAAUGUCUCAAGCUAUUGACACCUUGAAGGCAAUUUUUUUGACUUUCGCCGAGGCGGUAUCGAACCAUGAAACGAAUCGACGUUUUUUCAAUGAUUCAAUUGGGUACAAAUCCAUCGAAGACGCUAUUCAUCUUACUGACAUCCUUAAACCCACUGGUUCGCCCGAACAUCUUUUUGGGAUAUUAUUUAGUUUUGCAGUUGAGAAUGAGACCAUCUCGGAGGUGUUUGUCGAUGAUGUCCCAAAUGGUGGUAAUGUGCCACAUGAGAUAGGUCCGAGUAAAAUUAUAAAAAUGCUGGGCAAUCUUACAGACGAAAUUUGUAAUCCAGACAUAAUUUCAACCAUCAUGACCCUGCAACUCUCAGUGAGUUAUAAGCCAAAGCUGGUUUUGAAGAUUUACGAAGCAUUACUUGCACUUUCUUUCGCGAACCGAAGAAAUCAAGUCAUGAUGAAUAAAUCGGGCGUACUCGAGGUUGUUUUACGUCGCUUGUUUUUACCUUCAAAUACGAUAAGCUGUGGAGAUAAAUCGAAUGAUCUAAUCAGCACACAGGAAAAACGAUUCUUGACUAGGUUGGCACAAAGAUUAAUUGAAAUGGGUGUUUCCACAACAGAAAUUAGAUUCUUGUUUGAACAGUUUGAGAAUGGUAAUCAGCAACAUACAGAUGAGACUCUUGAGACGGAUGGAACACUUAUGACUGCAAUGGACAUGGUUCUAUAUGGAGUGCAAAGAAGUCGAUGGCCUCGUUUCGUUCAAUUCGACAUGUGUCAGUUUGGUUAUUCCUGCUUGGAAAUGAACAAUCUGACUGAUAAACCUUUUCCACCGGCCAAUGGGGGGUACACUUUUAUGACUUGGAUUGACAUUGAGAAUUUUGAUCCUAAUGUUAAUCUGACUCUCUUGGGAUUGAGAGAUGAAGAAGACCGGUGUUAUUUGCAUAUAUAUAUCGAAGCUCGAACACAUAAACUUGUGAUUCAGACUUCACCCAGGCAAGGGGUCCGAUUUGAAAGUUUUGUAUUUCGAACUGGAUGCUGGUAUCAUAUUGCCCUCGUGCAUA